AUGCGAAAACCGGGUCACGAAUGUCAACAGUGGCAAAAAACUGAGAAGAAGCUGAGACGGGAAUUUCGUCGGGGCAUGCGGAUCGGGAUCGGGUUUCCAAAAGUUGGAAUUGAGAACUCGUGGAAAGUGCAUUUUGGAGACGUUGGUCGGGUCCCGGUCGUGGGCACCGGAGCUUGUCCUGGCAUGCCUGACCCGAUAAAUUGGUUCCAUCUUCUUCCAUUGGACCUCGAAAUACCCUCCUCCCGCCGCAGAUCGAAGUCACCUCAGCCCCUUCGCCGCCGCUGGUCAGUGGGGUUAAGAUAUCUACUAAACUAUCAGUCAUGUCACGCCGAGAAGACCGUAGCUCCGACGCAAGACGACACCGUUCUCGGUUCGACCGCGAGCCCAGAUUGUUUUGUUAAUACUGCAAGCCCCAAGAGAUCGAGAAGAGAUGUCAAAGUAGAAUCUGAAAGGCCACCUCCAGAAACUAAGUCGGAUAGAGAUCGGGACUCUGAUCAGAGGCAUCAUCGUCGACUGAGGGACCCAUUGCCGCUUGAGUCCCCAUUAGCUGUGAACAAAGACACUGAUAACAGAGUCAAUGGACCUCAGGAAAGUACCAAAAGAACUUCGGAUCAAACUAAAGUGCCUCAGUCACGAUCGUACUUUCAGCAUGACGAACGUGCCAGUGGUGGCCAAAAUGGGAGGGUCUCCAGUUACAGGACAGACAAAGAACGUGGAUGGUGGAGGGAUUCCGAAAACAGUCGGGCAGAAGCUAAAAUGCCGAGAAGUUACUUAAAUGACGAGACUUCAAAAGAUAGCAGAGAUGGAAAUCAUGCUUGGAAACAUGACAGGUAUUUCCAAAUGGAGGCAGAUCAAAAACCUCCUUCACGUAGUAAAAGACCUGCCUUUAGAGAGCAAAAGGCUCCACUCAAUCCCGAGCAAACUGAAAAAACUGCCGAGCAAAAGGUUCAAGAUAAUAAUGUUGUGGAAAGUGGAAAAAGAGACGUGAACAGAUCAUCUGCAAGGGGAAGAGAGUUUGGUAAGUACGAAACUUGGAGCAAGAAUGGCCGUGAUAGAUACAAAGGAGAGAGGGACAGGUUUAGUAACAACAGGCAAGGAGGGUACAAUCAGGCGGGUGGGGGGCGCGUGGAGAAGUGGAAGCACGACCUUUAUGAUGAGGCGAACAAGAGCCCAAACCCGAAGAAUGAGGAAGAUCAGAUUUCGAAAAUCGAAGCCCUUUUAGCCUCAUAAGUGUGUGUUGUAGUACGGUCGUGUGCCUGCUAGAAACUUUUGAUUGGUUGUGUUGCAAAAUUAUGUUUUGAUGUUGUUUUGGGUUUUUGGAGCUAUUGACGAGUUGCCCAGACUUGAAUUUUAUCUGUUUAUGAAUUUCCGUGUUUUGAUUGGAAAAUGCAGGCUGCUGAGAUUCGUUAGGACUGUAAAGCAAAGUCGUAAGACCUUCUCCACCCGAUACCAAAAACUCAACAAAUAGAAUAGAAUUCACUCCCACCGAAUUGCAAAACCCAAACCCAGAACGAGUUUGUCCAACUCUCUUCUUUCAAACUCAAAUUUGAGUUUCAUGGCAUUUUUUGCUUGUCAUCUGAAAAAUUAAUUUAAG